AUGGGAGUUUUGUUUCCAUCCAUCGCUUCCAACGGAACGUUCUCGGAUGUUAUUGUUCAAGCUCAGUUUGCACAAGCGGGUGAGAUGAAUGAUGAAAGAGUCGAUCUCAUCAUUGACAUGUACCGGAACAACUAUGAUUGGAGUAAGCAUGUAUGGGCUUAUCAUGAACCUCGACACUCAUACGUACCUAGUUCUGAUGAAGAAAAUACAGAAGCAGAAGGGGAUGUAGAAACAAGUGAGAAUGAAAUGGAAGAAGAACCAGAAUCUGCAGCUGCGCCUGUUGAAAGAAAGAGGAAAAAAUUGUUUCAAGAUACUGGUGUUCAGUCAAGGAAGAAGAGUUUACUCUCCCAAAGAUCAGCCGAGAAAUAUAGAGAGCUUGAAGAGGAAAUGAAGUCUUACAUUCAUGGCAUGUUUAAGUCGUCCUUCACUUCCUUAGCGCUUGAUGUACAUGAUACAAUUAAUGACCGGUUUACCAUAUUUGAGGAGAAGCUCCUCGCAUCUCAGAAUCGAGGUCUUUCACAUGGUCCUACUCCUACUGCUCCUGAUUCAAAUGUGUCUGAUAUUUUUGGGAGCUUAUUUGAGACCUUAGAUGCCAAUUUAGGGACCCAAGAGUACUUACAGAAGACUAUGGGUAACCUUACACAAGAGUCCCAUGUUAUAGGGUUUGAUCCUUCUCAAGACAUGAAAUCUAAAGUAAAAGAUGAGUUCACCACUCCUAUGACUUCUUUCCCAAGAGAGGACUUUAAGCGUCCAUUCUUAGUUGAUGAUGACACACCAGAAGUCCGUUGCAAAGAUAGUGACUACGCUUUAGUUUUUGUUCCAGAUGACAAGUGGGAGAAACUAAAUGAAUGGUCCUUGAAUCCCACUCGACUUAAGCUUGGGCCAUCCAUUUUUGAUGGAACGUUAUGUAAACGUAUAAUUGGGCCUGGUCAAUGGUUCAAGAACUUUGUGAAGUCCGAGAUGGUUAGAGUGGAACAUGAGAUGUCGGAAAAGCUCAAUGAUAAGGUGAACUUGGAGAUUGCUAGAGUUGCACAGGAGAUGAAGCAGAAGCUAAAGAUUGCUACGAUGCCUAUGGUAGUUGCAGGUGCAAUCGUUGGAAUAUGGACUUCUCUUACUGUCUGA